UAGAAAAGAACAUUCUUUGUUUGGAUUUAGAGUGGAGAUAUUGAAGACGGGAUUGACUGGGGAAGAUUUAAUGUGUUUAUAUAUUAUAUAUAUGCUGAAUAAAGAUGAAUUGUAGGAAUAACACCCGGCCUGCUCGUAGUCUAGAAGUGCAUGGUAGAUGUUCAAAACAGUUCUCCGGUAACGGCUUUCGGAUCUGUAAUUAUAACGGGCCUAUGAAGGAAAAGGAAGUUUGUUUGAGGAAUUUUAUCUCUAGCUAUAAAUUUUAUUUGGCGUUCGAAAAUGCUAAUUGCGAGCAUUAUAUAACCGAGAAAAUGUUUCGCGCGCUCUACGCGGGUGCAAUACCCGUUGUGUUUGGGGCUCGAUAUUCUGACUAUGUCAAGAUAGCUCCCCCAUUUUCUUUUAUUUACAUCGCCUCGCCCCUGGCUAUGAAAACGAACGAAGUCGUUGGAAAUAUAUCUUCUCAAAAGGAUCCUUCUAUUCGAGAUAUUAAUCAAGAGGUACCAAAGAAUCACCCUUAUUUUCAUUCCAACAAUUUAGAAGAACUAGCUAACUAUCUUUUGAAAUUAGAUUCCGAUGACAAGCUUAACGAUAAAUAUCACGCUUGGAGAAAAGAAUAUGAAAUAGUUCCAAGACCAGAUGAUGAAUAUCUAUGCCAAAUCUGUCAACAUUUGCAUCUUAAGGAUAUCCCCAAUAAAUCUUACAAAAUAUCCGAUUGGUGGAAUAGAGAAAAAGCCUAUAUAAACCUGGUAGAAGGCUGGGCAAAAUCGGGCCGAAGACCUUCCACAGAAGGCCUUAGGAAUUCCAAAGCUAUAAAAGCCAAGGGGAAAUGUUGGAGGUCACCGUCUACGUCUCAUACGUUGACACCGAGACGACGGAAUAGAAGAGCCCCCACUCCGCCGCCUCAACCUUUACUUGACGUCCCGCAGGCACCUCUCACACCGGAACAGCGUUACGCCAAGCUCACCAAAGUCUGGGCAGGACUUAAUCAGGAUCUGCUAGAACUCCGGCCAAUGACCGUGACCGGCACUAGAUCAAACACAUAG